UGAGUUAACAUGCGGUUCAUCAUUAACUCAAAUGGUUUAUGCAAUCCCACAAGACCGGGCUUGUUACUGUCAGUCUUGUCAUUCCACAUCUGUUACUCUGCUUCAAGACAAGAAGCCAGUCGUUCACAAUGGCUGAACAGCGGAGAGUUUCCUUUAAUGAUGUCUCUCUGCUGCUUUCCUCUACAUUCUCCAGCGGAGUCUCUAACGCAGCCAUGGACGCCAGCACAUCCCUGAAGAUGAACUCUCUGAGCAACCAGAGUCUCUUCAGCUACGUGGAGGAGGAAAACCUUUCGGCCAUCAAAGCUCAUCUGGAUAAAUACCGAGAGGUGGACACCAGGAGCGAAAAUAGCCAGACUGCUCUCAUGCUGGCGUCAGAGCAGGGCAGUCUAGAGAUCGUGCAGGAGCUCAUCCGGAGAGGAGCAAACAUCAAUCUGGAUGACAUUGAUUGCUGGACUGCACUGAUUUCUGCUGCUAAAGAGGGACACACUGAAGUGGUGAAGGAACUCCUGGAGAACAAUGCCAAUGUGGAGCAUCGAGACAUGGGGGGCUGGAGUGCGCUCAUGUGGGCCGCUUAUAAGGGCCGCGUGGAGGUGGCAGGUCUACUGCUGGAGAAGGGAGCAAACCCUAACAUCACCGGACAGUACAGUGUUUACCCCAUCAUAUGGGCGGCAGGACGAGGCCAUGCAGAGAUUGUUCAGCUGCUGCUUCAGCAUGAAGCCAAAGUCAACUGCUCUGACAAGUAUGGCACCACACCACUGAUCUGGGCCUCCAGGAAAGGCCAUUAUGACUGUGUGAUGCACCUGCUGGAGAACGGCGCCAAUGUGGACCAGGAGGGAGCGAACUCAAUGACUGCUCUGAUAGUGGCCGUCCGGGGUGGUUUCACUGAGGUGGUGAAGGAGCUUCUCAAGAGGAACCCCAAUGUGAAUAUGACCGACAAAGAUGGCAAUACAGCCUUGAUGAUCGCCGCCAUAGAGGGCUACACAGAGAUCGUCCAAGACUUGCUGGACGCAGGCACAUACGUCAACAUCCCUGACCGGAGUGGAGAUACUGUGCUUAUCGGAGCCGUCAGAGGAGGUCAUGUGGAGAUUGUCCGAGCUUUGCUGAAUAAAUACGCUGAUAUUGAUGUCAAAGGCCAGGAUGGUAAGACUGCCCUGUACUGGGCUGUAGAGAAAGGGAACGCUACCAUGGUACGAGAUAUUCUGCAAUGCAACCCUGAUACUGAGGCCUACACCAAGGAUGCAGAGACUCCGCUUAUAAAAGCCACCAAGAUGAGAAACAUGGAAAUCGUGGAGCUUCUAUUGGACAAGGGUGCCAAGGUGUCAGCGGUGGAUAAGAAAGGUGACACAGCUCUGCAUAUUGCCAUCCGUGGGAGAAGCCGCAAACUGGCUGAGCUGCUCUUGAGAAACCCUAAAGAUGGCCGUCUGCUCUACCGGCCCAACAAAGAGGGAGAAACGCCCUACAACAUUGACUGCACACACCAGAAGAGCAUCCUCACCCAGAUAUUCGGAGCCAAGCACCUGUCUCCCUCUGAGUGUGAUGGAGAUAUGCUGGGUUAUGACCUGUAUAGCAGUGCUCUGGCUGAUAUCCUGAGUGAGCCCACCAUGCAGCCGCCCAUCUGUGUGGGCCUUUAUGCCCAGUGGGGCAGUGGCAAGUCCUUCCUACUGAAGAAACUGGAGGAUGAGAUGAAGACAUUUGCCGGGCAGCAGGUGGAGCCGUUGUUUCAGUUUUCAUGGCUGGUGGUGGUUUUGACUCUGUUGCUGUGUGGAUCUGUGGCUUUGGUCCUCGGCUUUGCUGUCGACACAAAACUGGCCAUCGCUGUGGCCCUCACUCUGCUCGCUCUCAUAUACAUCUUCUUUGUGUUGGUCUACUUUGGUGGGAGAAAAGCAGGUGAGAGUUGGAGUUGGGCCUGGGUUCUAAGCACAAGACUGGCCCGACACAUUGGCUACCUGGAGCUGCUUCUCAAACUCAUGUUCGUCAAUCCACCAGAGCUUCCUGAGCAGACCACCAAAGCCCUGCCUGUUCGGUUUCUGUUCACCGACUAUAACCGUCUGUCGAGUGUGGGAGGGGAGACGUCCAUGGCUGAAAUGAUAGCCACACUGUCCGAUGCCUGCGAGAGAGAGUUCGGCUUCUUGGCCACCAGACUUUUUAGAGUCUUCAAGAAUGAUGAAACUCAAGGAAAGAAGUGGAAGAAGACGUGCUGCGUGCCAUCUUUCGUGUUGUUCGUGUUGACGUCGGGCUGUCUGAUCACAGGCAUGGCUCUGCUGGCCAUCUUCAAGGUGGACUCGGAGAACCUGACGGUGAAUGCGGUGCUGAUCUCCAUGGCCAGUGUUGUGGGUCUGGCGCUGCUGCUAAACUGCAGGACCUGGUGGCAGGUGGCAGAUUCUGUGCUUCACUCUCAGAGGAGGAGGCUGCUCAACGCUGCCAACCGCAUGCACAAACUCAAGAGUGAGGGAUUCAUGAAGGUUUUGAAGUGUGAAGUGGAGCUCAUGGCUAAAAUGGCUAAAACCAUUGACGGCUUCACUCAGAAUCAGACCCGACUGGCUGUCAUUAUCGAUGGCCUAGACUCUUGUGAACAGGACAAAGUGUUACAGAUGCUCGACACGGUUCGAGUGCUGUUUUCUAAAGGUCCCUUCAUCUCCAUCUUUGCCAGCGACCCCCAUAUCAUCAUUAAAGCCAUAAACCAGAACCUCAACAGUGUGCUGCGCGACUCCAACAUCAACGGCCACGACUACAUGCGAAACAUCAUCCACCUGCCCGUGUUCCUCAACAGCCGCGGCCUCAGCACUGCAAAGAGACUCUGCAUUUCCACAGCAGCCAAUGGAGCUGAUCAACUGAACAACGAUGCAUGGCAAGAGGACGUGGACAGGAAGUUAUCUCAAAACAGUCUCGGCGAUCAGGGCCGGCAGGGCAGCAAAACAGCACUGAACCGCCGGGACACAUACCGCAGGAGACAGAUGCAGCGCUCCGUCACCAGACAGAUGUCCUUUGACCUCACCAAGCUGCUGGUUACUGAAGACUGGUUUAGCGACAUCAGCCCUCAGACCAUGAGGAGACUGCUCAACAUAGUGUCAGUCACAGGGCGCCUUCUGAGAGCCAAUCAGAUCAUCUUUAACUGGGACCGGCUGGCAUCCUGGAUCAACCUGACAGAGGAGUGGCCGUACCGCACGUCCUGGAUCAUCUUGUUCCUGGAGGAAACUGAUGGAGUCACAGAUCUCGUCACACUCAAGACCAUCUAUGAGAGGAUUUCUAAAAACAUCCCCACCACUAAAGAUGUGGAACCUCUGCUGGAGAUUGAUGGUGAUAUUCGUAGUUUUGAGGUGUUUCUGUCUUCGCACACCCCUGUUCUCACCGCUCGUGAUGUGGAAAUGUUCCUGCCGUGUACUGUCAACCUGGAUCCUAAACUGAGGGAGAUCAUCGCAGAUGUACGAGACGCACGCGAGCAGAUGCACCUUGGAGGAGUCAGUUUUCCCACACUGCCCUUGCAAGAUGCUUCGGUGCGGCCGCACUCUGGGUUCGGGCAGCAGUCUUUGGCUUGUUCUCCUACAGGCUCUUUCCCUGGGUCUUUCCCCAAUGCUGGAGUGCUGCCCGCUGCUCAACCCCACAGCAGCUACUUCAGUGGGCUUACAGGGCCACAACAUCCCUUCUACAACCGGCCUUACUUCCCUCAUCAUGUUUAUCACCUGCCACGAAAUUACCCCGGCCACCCCCAUCACGCCCCCUCCCGCCCUGCUUCUAAACUCCACAAGGACCCCAGUCUGGGACUAGAUGUAAUCAGAGAGGACUCCAGUGAGGGUCUUCCCUCUCCUACAUCCCCUUCUAUGAUUAAAUCUCAGCCCUUCAGAAUGAAGCAGGGCUCUGGCUCUGUGGUCUCUAGUGGAUCUCAGGUCCUGCUCAGCUCGCUGAGCAUCGAUGGAGUGUGUGAGAAGCUCAGACAGAUCCAGGGGCUGAUUCCAGCAUGCUGGAAGCAGUACAUCGGCACAAUCAAAAAGGCCAACGUGAACGGUUCGGUUCUGUCUCAAUGCAACCUUGAUGAACUGAAGAAGGAAAUGAACAUGAACUUUGGCGACUGGCAUCUCUUCAGGUCAAUGGUUGUGGAGCAGCGUCAUGCGGAGAACCAGCUGCUGCAUGAUGAAUCAGGAGCGUGCAGCGAGCAGGGCAGCAGCGUGUUGAUUCAACCUGAACCCCACAGACCCUCUGAAGCUCGUCAAGACGUGACCGUCAACCCAGAAAACUUCACGUACAGCCUCAACCUUAGCUUUGAAGAGCUCAGCGGCGUAGGGCUGGAGGAGUCUGCCAGACAACACAAUGCCCACUGGCUGGCCAACUCUCACCGGACCCCCAGCUUAUCCAGUCUAAACUCUCAGGAAUCGUCCAAUGACAUCUGUAAGCUGACCGACAAACAGCAGGCCGAGUAUCACAGUGCCUACCAAGAGUACAUCUCCCACAUGUCCCAUCUGGAAGCGUCUGCUGCAGGACGAGAGAGUCAAACUCAAGCCCUGUCCAGCCAGCUCAUCUCAACCAGCUCUGAGGACAAGAUUAAAGAAGGAGACCAAGAUGGCCGCAAACACUUUGGCAAAAAAGGCCCCAAACCUACAGACACCAUGUCAGACUUCUCCUCCGCCCCGGAUGGUGGUCUUCUAGAUCCCAUUACAGAGGAGGAUGAAAAGUCCGAGCAUGGGUCUGCCACUAAAAACCCACCCAGACGCAAAACCAAAGGACAGGGCCCUUGUUAUCACAGCAUACCGAGUGACGAAGACGACUCUGGAGAUGAGGAAACAGAUGCAACCCCGCUUCUAAAAGACGAACCCUGGGGUGCAGAACCAGAUCUAGACCUCUUGUCGAAGGAGAAAGGCUUCGUCUCAGAUAUCAUGCUGGACAAGAAGUCGUCUGACUCUGGAGUGAGGUCCGGCAGGAGCUCAUCUGAUCACUCUCUACAGGAUGAGGAGAAGGAGGAGGAGAAGUCAGAAGAACAGGAAGCCCAACUGAUUGAGCUGGUUCUUGAGAGUCCGGUUAAAAGCGGGUGUUUGCCAAACAGGUUGAGCAACCCAGAUGAAGCUGUGGCCCGCAUGUCCAUCUGUUUCUGCACGCUCCAAUCUGAAGGCAGCACCCCUGAAGAAAGCUGGCCUGCCCCGGCCGUGAGCAACCUCAACUGCUCGGCCAACAAUACAGCUCUCAACAACAACAUCAACAACAGUGGCCAGCAGGAGACCCUCGACUCAACCGACUGCCCCUCAAUCAUUAUACGACCAGGAUCAAGCACUGAAAACACCACACUGGAAAACCAGAACUUGCGUGGCGUCCAGAGGAAGAGGUCCAUUGGUCCUGCCACCGAUGCCACCGAGGAACGAGAGAGUGUCCUUUAAGCACAAGUGGUCUGAAUGGAUUACUUUUAGAGCUGUGGCGAAGAAAAGUUUGAGAUUAUACGUUGAUUCUGAAAUGUUCUAAAUACAUUGCUAUUCUCUCUUGAAUCAGUUCUGAGCUUAGUUUUUAAAAGCAGAUGGUGCUCUAGGCUAGUUUUUAACCGCAAAAUAAAGAGCACUUCUGUGUUCGGCUGAGUCAUGUAAAUUGGCUUUUAUGGAACGAGAGUAAUGUAGACAGUACACUAUGAUGCACAUUCUUGUAAUUCGCAUAAACUUUUCCUUAUUAAGGUGGCCACAAGAGCUUAACGUGCUGCAAUUUAAAAAAAACACGUGUACAAAAUUAAGAAAAUUAAGAAAAGAUCUUCGUCUAUUUGACAGCACAUGUCCUUACAACGCAUAUACAAAAAA